AUGAGAAUUAUAUUAAAGGGACUGAUAUCCUUGCUACUGUGUAUGGGAUUGGUGCGGGGUCAUACCCAUGAUGAGUUACCCAAAUGUGCCUUGACGGGUGUACAUAGGACACGACAAACCAUAUUGGAAUCUCCGAAUUAUCCUGAUGAUUAUCCUCCCGGAACCUGUUGGGAUUAUGUCAUCAAAUCCCCCUAUCGUUGCCCCACCAAAUUUCACAUCCAAUUUUUGGAUUUCUUUUUGGAAAAAUCGGAAAAUUGUGAAAAUGAUUAUCUCUCAGUGGGUUUGGAUAAUGUCGAUGAAGACAUGGAUACUCUGUGUGGUCAGGUGGUAGGUAUUAAAAAAUAUCACACUCCUGAUGGUAUUUUGCGUUUACGUUUCCAUGCCGAUGAUUCACCCUGGUCAACGGGUAAGGGUUUUAAGCUGUUGAUAACCCGUUUGGCCUGUGAAAAGGAAGAGGUGUUGAGAAAUCUCGAAACGCGCAACAAUGAUGUUGAUGAUGCGGAAGAUGAUGAUGAUACCAUAACAGUUACGGCACCGGGUACACACUUAAGUCCACCUCGAGUGCAGUUAAUGGAAUUAUUCCGUAACAUUUCAGGAGCGGAUCAGCAUCAGGUUUAUCCAUUGCAACCCUUGUUUGGUUUAAAUUAUCCCAAUCAGCUGCAAUCACCUUUGUACCCGACCACAUAUGGACCCUUCUAUUUGCCCACCGGAACUGUGAUACCUCAACCGCAGGCAGUACAGCAAUGGAAUUAUUUACCCAGCCAACCAAAUUCCAAUUCCAAAAAGCCUUGCAAGGAAAAUAACCAUCAGACCAAGAAACAACAACAACAGCAGCAUCAGCAGCAACAACAUCAUCAAGUACAACCCUAUUUACCUCCUUAUGUGGUGAAUCCCUAUGUCCCCGUGACCCAAGAUCAAUAUGUGGGGGCUUGGCCCACCACAAGCUAUUUACGGGCCAUAGAUGGCAGCAGUAGUGUCCUGGAUGCCUGCUGUACCACACCAUUCCAACAGAAGAGGUUCUACCUUUCCAGCCCAGGAUUUCCACGAACCAUAUUUAGCAACCUCUUACCCGUUAAUCGUCGGGAUUGUGAGUUCCGUCUGCAGAAACACUCCUCCAACAUCUGCCGGCUUCGUGUCGUUUUCAAAUUUUUCGAUUUUGGUAAAACUUCUCAAAUUGUUAGCGGACUACAGGGUGGCGCUGCCGGUUUGGCGGGCAUGUCAAGAAAUUCCUGCCCUGACGAUUUCAUUGAAAUCGGUAAUCAACGAUUCUGUGGCUGUCGUUCGGAUUAUGUUUAUACCGGAUUUUGGAAUUAUCAGGGUGAGAAAAAGAUACGCAUGCGUAUGGGUUAUUCGGGUGUGCCUUCGAGUGGUUUUCUAUUGGAAAUUAGCCAGGAAGAAUGUUCACCAUAUGAAACGUCAACACUAAGUCCGACAUUGCCCAUUUCGGCACCCGCAACUGUGGGCAAUACAAAUUUCUUGGGACAAAAUUUCCAACAGCAGACCAAUUAUCCUUCGGCACCAGGGUUGUCACAGCAAACCUUUGGUGGUCUCAAUCAGCAGCAGCAACAACAAUUUACGCAGCCACAGCAGUUCAAUCAACCACAACAACAAUUCAAUCAGCAACAACAACAAUUCAAUCAGCAGCAACUAUUAUUGCAACAACAACAACAAUUGGCCCAGCAACAACAGUUCAACGGCUUCGGAACACAAAGUUUCCCACAAAAUCUCCAACAAACAGGCGGAGUUGGAGGCGCUAAUUAUGGCCAAGCUUUUAAUCCUCAAGGUCUAGGCCAAUCCCUGCAACAAAAUCCCCUCUAUGACCACACAUUUAUACCGCCACAAAAUGGCAAUGCCUUAUAUCAACCUCACCCACCACAAUUUCUUUCAGAUCCCAAUGGCUUCCCUGGCUAUCAAUUGACCAGUCCCAGCCCAUUGCAACCAGUCCAUCAACCAUUUGGUGGAUUUAAUCAGCUACGCUAUGCUCGUUCUUUCGGUGAUCAAAAACCCGUCUCAAUUGUUGAAACCAAUUCCACCCGCAAGGAGUACUAUUUCAGUGACACGGAUGAUAAGGUUGCGGAAAAAAUAGUUGCCGAAAAAUUAACUGCAGAUCCUUUAUUAAAAGUUGCCAUGUCGCGAUCGAGUGAAUCGGAUGGAACCGUGUCACGAUGGGAAGCCGAAGAGUUGAGAGCCAAUGAUAAUCCUCCAUAUGCCCAAACUCGUCAGAAGUGUACCUUUGAUAUGGGUGAUAUUUUACGGCUGUCUGUCGAUGUUUUGUGGUUGACCAAACCCACGUGCUAUGCACCGCAACGAAAUUGGUUUAAUAACUUUUUGGGUUAAGUUUUAAGUAUUAGA